AUGGCGGAGUUGAUGCUUGAUUGGGUGAACAGUUUUCCUCUGUCGCGGAAGGCGACGAAUUUGGAACGCGACUUCGCGAGCGGCUUUCUCUUCGGAGAGCUCUUGGCCGCGGCCAAGCAGCUGGAGACUGUCGACGGCUUUGUGGACAGUUCUUCCGCGAGUGCAGUUGUGGCCAAUUUCCGGCUCUUGGAGCCGGUCUUUCGGCGCCUGGAUGUCAAAUGCGACUCUCUCAAGAUGCAAGCAGUCAUCGAGAAACAAGAAGGCGCGGCGCUGCGCCUUCUGUUCCAGCUGAAAGUCGCCCUCAGCCGCUUCUCGAGGAACUGUGGACGGUCGUCGGCGGAUCUCUCGCGGAUUCUCAAGACCUCCGCGAACCGACCUGCCUUCGAGACCUUCCAAGAGCGUUUUAUCGAGGCAAGGCUGAAGGAUAUCACGAAACCGAGCAAGGAGACGUGCAUGCAGUCCCGCAAGACAUUCGAAGCGCCAGGCGAGUGCAGUCCAGAGACGCGACCCGCCGGCAGCAACGCCCAGGGAACCACCGCAAGCCGCAGAAUCGAAAACUCCCGCGAGUGUCCUUCCCCCACGCGACAACUCGCAUGCACAGACUUUCACAGAAGCCAGCACGACCCCAGAAAGGCAGACGCGAGAGACUGCCGGGAAGGCGUCUCGGAAGCGACUUCGCCAAGAGAUCACAGAGGACGAACCCUGCGCAAACCUAAGAGAGAAGAGAAAGAAGGGACAGGUGCGAGGGACCCGGGAGGGGAGAGAGACGAAAGAGACAAGAGGCGAGAAGUGGAGGCGGGGCUUCUUCGGCGCCGGGUGUUUUUGGAAGCACGUGUGCGAGACGAGCGUCGAAGCAAGGCUGAAGCGAAGCUGCGCGAAACACGCGACGCAGUGAAGAAGGACAUUGAAAGUUUUGAAAUGAAUCUCCAGCGCUUAGGUCUGAGUCAUUCGGGAACCGCGGGCGCCGUCGCCUCUUCCGAGGGCCUCAGCCCGUCGGCAGUUCUCGCCUCGCUGGCGCGCCGCCUACCACCUUCGAGUGUCGGCCGAGAGGAGAAUUUGAAGACGCUCGCGCGCCUGCACGCGGCGCGGAGUGCGCAGGAGACGGCGCGGAAGGAGCGGGAGAAACGGCGGCAAAAACUGCUCAUCGAGCAGACGCAGGCGCAUGCGGACCUCUUCGCCGAGGCCGUCGCGGAGGGCGUCUUUCGGCGGCUCCGUCGGCUGUCGCAGCGCGCCGAAUCCGUCGAGGAGAGCGUCUGGAAGGUCCAGCAGCUCGACGCAGUGAUGUCUCAGAACCGUGAGCUCCGUACCCAGCAGCUGGAGCGCGCAGAGCGCCGCAGCCAACAGACUCGAGAAGCCAGAGAAGACCACGUCGCCCUCGAGGCCCAAGAGCGGCUACGGCGCGACGUGGCCCUCGAGGCGCAGCAGUGUCGCGAGUGGCAGAAGCAUCGGCGAGCUCGGCGCCGCGCGCGGCUGAUUGAGGAGUGCAGCCACGUCCUCGAUCUCCUCCUUGACCUUUCCGUCGCUGCUGCGCGCUUCCACCAAGCGCGAGACGUAGCAGCAGUCGACUCGCGUACCUGGCGUCUCUGGCUGGUCUCCUUUGUCGAGGGAUGCUCCGCCUUGCCCUCGCAAGUGCCGCACACACCACCCCUCUUUCUGGCCGAGUCGACGGGGGAGAAAACCUCGCCGAAGAGCCGCUUCGCGGGCUUCGGGCCCCGUCAAAUCGCCGGGAAUGGAAAACAUCCGGGAGAAACUUUGGGCGACGCAAACAAGACUGGAGAGGAGACUGCCAGGUCGUGUUUCCACCGUCUCGUCGCUUCGCAAGAGUUCCUCGGACUCUCGGGGCCCAGCGAGGGUCCGGCGGGCCAGGCGCGGUCUGGGCAUGCCCCAGAGGAGGCCCUGGCGCCUCAGCGGAGUCUUUUUCAAGACGCCGACGACAGCCUGCGUGCGCGGUUGGACGAAGACGACUUUUACCAGUACUUGAAUUACGAAGGCCAGUUCGAUCCGGAGGCGAGUCGAAAGGCGGCGCCGGACGCCUUCGCAUUUCUGCAUGCGCAUGCCUCGGGAGAGGAAGCGACGAAGCGGCUCUUCGCCUCCGAGGUGUUGCAGGAGUUGUUCAAGUUCAACGAGGCGAGCGCGCCGAUCGACUGGGGCCGCCGAGACUUCGCUGCGGGACCCAACGGCGAGCCAUCCCUGUGCCGCUUGGGCUCCAUUGUCGGAGCACUCCUGGACUUGAUGCACCCGGAAGCGCCGAUGCAGACUCCCGAAGACGUGCCGAACGGUCUGAGGAUUGUGAUCACGGGGAAACCGUUUUCCGGAAAGAAGACCCUCGCCCGAAAGCUGAGCCAAAAGUUCCGCCUCCAGAUGUUCUCCCUCGAGGACGUCCUCAAAGAAAGUUUGCAAGGCAUCGAAAACCGUCUUGCGACUGAAACACAGCCCGUGGAGGCUCCGAGCCUCGCGCCUUCAACAGAGUUUGAAACUCCAAGCGCCGCAGGCCAGAAAUCAACCCCAUCGCAGUCUCCAACAAAUCUGUCUUCGCCGUCGUCUCCACCUUCUCCUGUUUCCUCGGCUUCCUCUUCCUCUGCUUCUUCUUCCUCUUCUUCCAGCUCCUCCGCGUCUUCUCCUGGUGUGUGGCGUUCCUCUCUGAGAGAGUUGGGACUCGAGGCGUUUGAAGCGCUGAGGAAUGGCGAGAAGCUGAGCAACCGUUUGGCGGUCUCGCUGCUUGUGGCCAAGAUGAGGGAGACGCUUGCGGAGGUCGAUCGGGAUGCACUGGCGCACCUCCUCGAGCUUGGCUCUGCGAAGGCAGCCGGGGAGGUUGCCGCAAAGGAGAGAACAGGCCCAGGCCGGGCGAAGGGCCAGCAAAAGCACGGGAAAGAGAAGGUCCAGAAAGAUCCAGCGGUCGACGACCCGAGUCAGAAACUGGGGUGCGUUCUCGUCGGCUUUCCGCAGACCUACGAGCAAUGUGUCUACUUGGAAGAACGCCUCUCGGGUUACGUCGCCCCCGACAGGAGACUGGACAGCAGAGCUCGCCUCGAAAAGGCAAAGGCUUCUCUGGUUGUUCCCAUUCCCGAGGUCCCCCACAUCGAGACAAGCCUGAUUCCGGGGGGCGUGGAUCUGCACAUUCUCCUCGACGUGCCCACGGAGGAGGCUCUCCGGCGAGCGCGGACCACCCUGCAGAGUCAGAAAACGCGAGGUGAAAGCCGAGGAAUCCUCGGAAACACCGGUUCCAAAACUCCAACGGACGACUCGGCAGCCGCGCACGCAAAAAUUUCCAUGGCAGACGAAUGCUGUCACUUCGAGAUUGAGCAGAAGGUGACUCGGCUCUUCCUGGAGCGCUUUGGAUCCGCCGACGUUGAGGGCGUGCUGGCCCGCAAGCGUCGGGAGUUUGGAGUUGAGUCGGGGUCUGCUGACUAUGGGAGGGCGCCGGCGCUCGCGACAGAGGAGAAUGAAAAACGUCCUCUCCCAAGCGAGUCAGAAGAAAAGGCUCUUGAGGUCGUCGCGCGAAGUUCGACUGUUAGUCCGGAUGCGAACGCGAGGAGCGGGUGCGCCUCGGCGCAGUGUCGUCAAGUCCCGCCUGAAACCUUGGAUGAAGGCGCGCUCUGGCGAACGCGGUUAGAGCCUCUGGAGGAGUCAGUCAAGUUGUUCCUUCUAGAGGAGUGGAAGGCCCUCGAGGAAAACUACACGUCGGUCAUGGCGAAGGUGCGCCUGCAAGAGUUCGCAGGAGACGAAACACGUGAAACGCGUUGGUACCUCUCACUCGAAGGCUUCGCUACAGAUGCGUGCUACAACAUGAUGGGAGCUUGCAUGCCCGAGAGGAAACAGGCGCCGGACGUCUCGCAUGCUCUGCGCGAAAUUUCCCUCACAGUUGCUCAACAGGUCGCGGCCUCUGUUUUCAGUCGCCAGCCUGCGGAGGGCGCUCCAGAGACUCCUGCGACGCCCUGGCAGGCGCUUCUCCUCGAGGCGAAAGCGCGGGAAUGUCUCGUCCCCCUUUCCGACUUCGAAGACUACGUCCCAUACCUCCAAGAACCUGAGAAGAAGAAAGCGGCGAAAGCAAAACCGGUGAAGGACGAGGUGAAGAAGCCGGUGGACAGCUUGUUUUUCGAGUUACAGCACCUGCAGCUGCAGUUGCAAGUGCAACUCCUCGCGCGCGUGCGGAAGGCCUGCGUGUGGGGCAUCGCGCGACUCCACGAGACAGCUAGCGCAUGCAGCGAAGUGUUUGCAUGCAUGGACGACUGGAUCGUUGGAAAAUGUCUAGCGGAGCACGCAGCCGUCAAAGAACUCACUGACCGCCUCAAAAUAUGCAUCGAAAACGAACGACCGGUUCCACAUUACUUGGAACUCGCAGGCACUGAACUUCAUCUCGAUCCGAACGCCAUUCUUAGCACGCCGACGCAAGUGCUGCCUCCACUCCGCAUUGUGGACAUUCCUGAGGAUCUCUUUACCGUGAAGCAAAUCAAAGAUCUCAUUUGGGAUUUGAAACGAGUGACGACAAACGGCAUCGUCUCCACCGUUGCACUUCGGGAAAUUCUGCUGAGGCGGCUCACGCAUUCAAAGUGUUUCCGCACUCCGCAUUUGCCGAAAACGUGGCUGUCGAUUCCCGCUUCUCAACUGAGUCUCCUUCCGGACUACUUUGAUGUCUCUUCCGGGAGUGUCGAUCCCCUCGAGUUCCUUCUCUCCCUCGCUCUGGGGGCGAGGGGCUGGCCCUCUGCGCGGCAACUGCUGCAGCUUCGAAGCUCCGCAGCGCGCGUGUGCACAGCUCGAGGGAGACGGUCCUCCCCCUGGGAAGCCUCGCCUCUCGAGGUGUUUGCGUCAAAGGAAGACUUCUUUAGGCUCGAUUUCUCGGACUGGAUUCCGCGAGAAGACGCCUCACGCGCCGAGGCACGCGAGGACGAUUGCGGCCUGUUCAAAGACGAAGUCCCCGCGGAGGGCCGAGAUCUUCUGGAGGUUCUCUUUGAGAUCUUUCUUGCCUUUCAAAGCAAACACAACUUGCGUGCAUGCUCCGAAGAGAUCGCUGUCCUUGAGGAGAUGGGAUACUGGAAAGAGGACGCCCACUCGGCUUCUGCGACGAUGAAUCCCAGCACGGUCCCGACGCACAUGAUCACAGGCAACGACUGUCCUGCGGCCACAACCAUCAGCAUCACGCCCUGCGUGAGUAAACGACAGUUCAGCACGAGUGUGUCCCCUCGUCCCGGGAAAGCGCCUUCUUUUGACUGCAUCGACAGCUGCAGCGCAGGGGGAGAAGGCGAGGCCAGAAGUGGAAAGUCUUCGCGAAACGAGCAAAACACAGUCGCCGGAGCCAAAGCAGGAGCGAGGAGCGAAGAUGCUUCAGACGAGGAGCGGCCGCAAACAAAAUGCGCGGAAUUCGCGAAUCUCGAAGCCGACGACGAAGGGGGGAGACACCAAAAUACGGGGAAAAUUUACGUGAGAAGAUUUCUGGGGUAUUUGUCUCUUGGGAAGACCCCAGCAGAAGGCAUGCAGCGUUUCUUGGCUGCAUGCACGGAACGCGACUCUCUCACCUCCCCUCCAGAGCUCAGCAGCGCCGACUCGCUUUCUGUACGAGACGCGUACACGGCAUGUUUGUUUAUGGGCGUUCGUCCAGCGCUACGCGCCCUGCCUGCGUGCACAGAAUUGUCUUUCGAAGAAUUUAGGACUCUCCUGCUGUCACAGGGGAAAAUCGUCGUGGCUGAUCGCUCCGCACUUGGGGGGGAAGAGGGCAACUGUGCAGACGGUGCCCGGGAAGAAAGAGUCGGCAUUCUCGAUUUCAUGAGUUCUUCCGCGGCAGCGGAAACUCUGUCUCGCGUAGGGUAUCUCUCGGUCAGAAGGGAUGUAAAGGAUUUCUUAGCCGCAGGCGCGAACGAAAGAAACAACGACGCACUAGAGGCUGAUAAAGAAAUCUAG